AUGACAACAAAUUCAAAAUCAUUAAAUUUAUUACAAUCAUUAACAUGUGGAAUUUGUCAAAAUUUAUUUAAAGACCCAAAUACAUUGAUACCCUGUGGUCAUGCAUUUUGUUUAGAUUGUUUAACAACCAAUGCAUCAAUUAAAAAUUGUAUUCAAUGUAAAGUUGAAUAUACAACCUAUAUACCAAAUCAUCCAUUAAAACAAAUGAUUGAUUGUUUAGAUCAGAGUAGUAAUAAUAAUAAUAGUAAUAAUAAUAGUAAUGGUGAAAAUACAAAUAAUAAUAAUAAUAUAAUUAAUAAUGAAAGAAGUUCAUUUAAUGGUUCAAAUUCAAAUUCUAUAAUUGGAUUUAUAGAAGGAUUAAGUGAUAGUACUAGUAAUGGUCGUAGAUUUAGUCAACAAGAUGGAUUAAGAUACUCAAGUGGUUUAUUAGAUGGUAGUAAUAGUGGUGGUAGUAAUAAUAUUAGAUAUUGUAUGGAACAUUAUGAACAUUAUUAUGCAUUUUGUAAUGAUUGUCAAGCACCAGUUUGUCCAAGUUGUUUAUUGACAACACAUAAUCGACAUGGAAUGAUACCGUUAACUAAAGAUUCAAUCGCUACAAAGAUGAAAGAAUACAGAGACAUUGUUCAAUCAUUCAAAACAAAGAUGUCUCAAUACAAGGAUAACAUAACAUUAUAUCAAAAGGAGAUUGAACUAUUGGAUAGUACAUUCUUACAAUGCAAGCAAUCGAUUCAAUUGAUGAUAUCAAAUCUACACAAAGUAUUAAAAUCACGUGAAACCUAUCUAUUGAAAGAAAUUAGUAGCAUUCACUACGCCAGCCACAUGGAACUAACCGACCGUUCAAGCACAUUAGAGAAUGAAAUCAGUGAAAUGGAGAAACUAAUCGGUAAUGGUACUGACAAAUUUAAAGAUGCUACAGAGAUAUUAAAUAAUCAAAAUUUGAAAUUUGAAUUUCUUGAACAAUUUCAUCAUAGUCGUACUCAAAGUAAAAAGAACCAAAAUCAAGAUGGAUUGAAACCACUCUUUAAAACCGACCUUUUAUUCUACAAAGCAAACAACGAACGUGUAACCGAAAUGAUUAACGGCACCUUGGGUAACAUAUCACUAUUGACAUUCCCAUUGGACGAUAUUGGUGAAGUCAACAUUUGGGAUGAGCCAAAGGAGAAUAUUUGCAUUGAAAAAGUUAGAACCAACUCCAAUGGCAUUGAAGAGUUUGAAGUGAAAUAUGGAAGUUUAAAUAAAUUGAUUGAACGUCUUUGUCUACCCAAUUGCUACGAUGACAACUAUGUUAACAUUUUCCUUCUCACUUAUCAUAGUUUUUGUUCCUCUAAAAAACUUUUGAAAAAGUUAAUUGAACGUUUUACAAUUCCAGAGGAUUUAGAAGCUCAUGGUCUAACUCUAGCAAGUAUUCAUGAAAUUCAUAUGAAAAUUAGAAGCGUCCUUGUCAAAUGGAUUAAUGAAUAUUCACCAAAAUUCGAUCAAGAUACAAUUCAUUUAUUCCAAAAUUUCAAUUGUAGAAUGCAAUCUGAAUAUACAAGUAUUCAAGAAAUUGAAAAUUUAUUAUUAAAUUCAAAUGAAAAUUCACCUUCAAUAACUUCUUCACAAUCUUUAUCAUCACAAUCAUUAUAUUCACAAACUAAUAAUAAUAAUAAUAAUAAUAAUAAUAACUCUAAUAAUCUACAACCAACAAUUCAAACUAAUCAAACACUAUCAUCAAAUAUAAAUAAUAUAACAAUUUCAAAUUUAAAUAAUAGUAAUUUAACCAAUAAUGGUACAUGUAAAAUACAAAAUUCACCACCAAAAAAUUAUCAACAAUCAAAUUAUUCAUCAAUAUUUAAUGGUCCAUCAUCAUCAUCCUCUUCUUCACCAUCUUCACCAAUUUUAAGUUUAAAUUCAUUAGCAUUAAUUAAUGGUAAUGAUAAUUUAGUUUUUGAAUCACCAUUAAAUUCACCACGUAAUAAUAAUAAUAAUAAUAAUAAUAAUUCACCAAGAUCAUCAUCAUUUGGUGCUUCAUCAGCUUUAAAAUUUAAUAGUAAUAAUAAUAGUUUAAAUAUAAAUAGUAAUAUGGGUGGUCCAUAUUUUCCAUCACCAAGUUCACCAACCACCAAUAAUAUACCAAAUAUUAAUCAUUUUUCAAGUAGGAUUUUAUCAUCAUCAAAGAAUCUGGAAUUUAAUGAUAUUGAUGAAUUUGAAAUUGCCAAACAAUUGACUUUAAUAGAAUUUGAAAACUUUGGACGUAUAAAACCAAUCGAUCUAUUGACAUGUGUAGAUUUAAAACAUAAAACACCUCAUAUCACAAACAUUAUGGAAAGAUUCCAUAAUAUCUCCACUUGGGUUAGUACUACCAUUGUUAGAGGUGAAAAUUUGAAAAACAGAGUUAAAAUCGUGAAUAAAUUCAUAAAGAUAGCAGAACAUUUGAAAAAUUUAAAUAAUUUCAACUCACUAACUGCUAUAUUAGUGGCAAUUCAAAGAUCAACAGUAACUAAAAAAGAUUUGGUUAAACAAUCUGUAAAGAUUAUCACUGAUCUCGAGAAAUUAAUGUCCUCUGAUGACUCUUAUUCUACCUAUAGAACUCGUUUAGCUCAAUGUUCACCACCUUGUGUUCCAUACAUUAGUAUCUAUCUUCAAGAUAUUAUGGAUUUAGAGAAAAAGAAUCCUUCAAAUAUCAUUGUUCAAACCUCUUCAAAUAAAACUCAAGAAUUUAUUAAUUUCACUCGUCGUUCUUUAAUUAGUAAAGUAAUCUUAGAUUUAGCAAGUUAUCAACGUUUUGGUUAUUCAACAAUUUUACCAAUUUCAAAUAUUCAAGAAUAUUUAAAUGUACAUAUAGAUGAAUUAUAA